CGGAAUGUCUGUUUGGGAUGUCUGCGACACUGUUUGCACGACCGCCCUACAUGUAUAGCUCCUGUCGGCGGCUUCUAUCGAGAUGUCCGCCAUAGAGAGCCCAGAUUGCGCACCUGUUACCAAUGGCCUCAAAAACCGGAGGAACUCGACCGUUCUUAAUCCGAGAUCGUAUCUGACAGAAGAUCUCUGGAAGCAAGCACCGGUUUUGACUGGGACGACUCGUUUCGAGCCACGAGAGGAUGCGCGCAACAUCCUUGUAACGGGUGGUGCAGGCUUCAUCGCGUGUUGGUUCGUCCGACACUUGACUCUGACGUAUCCGGACCACUACAACGUUGUCUCAUUCGACAAACUUGACUACUGCGCAACGCUGAACAACACGCGCAUCCUUGAUGGCCGCUCCAACUUCAAGUUUGAGCAAGGCGACAUAACAUCUCCCGCUGAUGUUAAAAGGGUCCUGCGCAAGCACCACAUCGACACGAUAUUCCAUUUCGCAGCCCAAUCGCAUGUUGACCUCAGCUUUGGCAACUCAUACCAGUUUACGAACACUAAUGUAUACGGGACGCACGUCUUGCUCGAAAGAGCGCGGGAACAUGGUAUCUCACGCUUCGUACAUAUCUCAACAGAUGAGGUGUAUGGGGAUGUACCGAUAGGUGCAGCAGACCUUAGCGAAACGAGCAUUCUAGCCCCGACAAAUCCAUAUUCAGCAAGCAAGGCGGCGGCGGAAAUGAUGGUCAGCGCAUACCGGAAGAGCUUCAAGCUCCCUUUGAUCACCGUGCGGUCUAACAACGUAUAUGGACCCCAUCAGUUUCCUGAGAAGAUCAUACCCAAAUUUAUUAUGCUUUUACAGCGCAGAAGGAAGCUUCUAGUCCACGGCGAUGGAUCACCCACACGACGGUAUCUCUAUGCCGGCGAUAUCGUCGAUGCAUUGGACACGAUCUUUCACAAAGGCGACAUCGGUCAAAUAUAUAACAUUGCGACUACAGAUGAAAUCUCUAACACGGACAUCUGCCAUAGGCUGUUAGGACUCUUCGGUCUUGCUCAUGAGACCCCAGCAGAUCUUGAAAAGUCGGUGCAGUACACGGAAGAUCGACCUUUUAACGACCAACGGUAUGCGACGGACGGAUCAAAGCUUGCUGCUCUAGGCUGGCAGCCAAAGACCAGCUUUGAUGAUGGUCUGAGGCGGACGGUAGAGUGGUAUCGCAAAUUCGGCGAGGUAUGGUGGGGUGACAUCAGCCGCGUGCUUACGUCCUUUCCGGUGGUGGAGGGCAUGGAAAUUUGGACCAAGGAGGAGCAUGAGGCGCUGCCAUCUGAGGACGGGGCUCUGCUUGAUGAUGACAGAGUAGCUGAUGGAACGGUAUGAUCCAGGCCCCUUCACGGUACUUUUGAGAGGCGAAGGAAGAAUCCCGCAAUUGAAAGAAAUACAGGGUGAACUGAGGUAUGUUUACGGUUGUCGUAGCGUUGCGCGAUCAUCAAAGAAUGGGUUAUUCUUCGCGAAAAGGUUGAUUAUGGGCAGCAUAAAUAGCAGCGGGCAGUUGCUCACUAGAAGGAUCGACUAUGCGAAACUCGAGUGGAUUUUUGCAGCCGUAGCAGAACUUUGAACCUAGUUGAAACCC